UCGAAGCCUAAGAUACACGCUGAGUAGCUGCUAACCUUCGUCUUUGCGCAUGCACGCGCAGACUUCUUCCUAUCGCACAGUAAAAUUGCUAUCCAGCGUACAUAUCGUUUAGAUAUGAUUGGGCUGAUCCGCACUAAAGAAAUUAGAAGAUGAAAAUGAAGAGUGCUUGGGUUAAAAAGUAACACAAUCUUUUCGGUGAAACUCAGAAUGUAAGGUUUGCAUGUCACAAUGGAGUCAAUAUGGACGUUUAUUUUGCAUUUGUCUCUUUAUGCAGUUGUCAUUCAGGCACAAACCCCAUCAAAUGAGCUUUCAAAUACGACUAAGAUGAUAUCGGGAAAUGUGACUGCAGUGGAUGCUGGAGACCUAAUGGUUAGGCCAACCAUACUUGAAGGAAGUUACCUCGACCGUGGUCAACAUACAUCUCAAGCAAGGACUGAAGACGCAAGCACCAUUCCGCCAAAUUCCGAAUCGGUUCCUCUGGUUAAUGACACUGGGGUCCCAACAACAUUUCGGACCCGUGAUUCACCAAAUGUACCUACCGAACGUGGUCCAUUGACCACUCUGUUACCCAGCUCAAGGACCAAGGCGUCCGCAGAUGAUUCUUUCACUUAUCCAGCAAGUCAAGAGAAGAUACCGAUCUAUUUGAGCGGUUACUUCAGCUUUGGGGGAGGAUGGGAAGGAAGUGGCAUGUUACCAGCUUGUCAGAUGGCCCUAGAUCACAUUAAUCAACGGUCAGAUGUCCUGCCAGGGUACGAAUUGAAGCUGAUUUGGAAUGAUACUCAGUGUGAGCCUGGACUGGGAACUCGGGUGUUCUUCGAUCAACUUUAUCGCAAACCAAAGAAGACCAUGAUCAUCGGCGCACCGUGCUCGCCCGCCUCUCAGAUAAUUUCUGGCACCGCCCAUUUUUGGAACCUGAUCGCAGUUUCCCCAUCUGCAGCCUCUCCCGGCUUGUCCAAUCGUGAGAAGUACCCAUUAUUCUAUCGUACCUACAUGCCCGAUGCCACGUUUAAUCCCGCGAGAAUCCGUUUGAUGCGAGAAUUUGGAUGGAAGAGGGUAGCCACAAUUCACGAAAACCAUGAAGUGUUUUCACUGGCUAUCGAUGACCUGCUGACCUUGCUAAAAGAAGCAAACAUCACCAUCAUCUCAUCAGAAAGUUUCUCCGAAAAUCCUAAGAACCAGAUAGAAAGUCUCAAGAGCCAAGAUGCUAAGAUAAUAAUUGGCAACAUGUAUGCAAAGACAGCAAGGCGACUAUUUUGUGAAGCAUACAAGCAGGGCAUGACCAGUGGGGACUACGUGUGGAUGUUGAUUGGCUGGUAUCGAGACAAAUGGUGGUCAGACGAGGACAAUACAAUCACGUGUUCAGUCCAUGAGAUGAGGAUGGCCGUAGAGGGCGUGCAAUACAUUUCGACAGAGUCCCUUCCUCUCUGCACUUCGAAAGAACCGACGGUGGCUGGAAUUACUGCAGCAGAAUAUGAAAUGUUAUACAAAGAUCGAAUGGCAUGGCUUGAGAACCGGGAAUAUAGAUGGAACAGUCUCGGUCCAUUCGUCUAUGACGCUGCCUGGGCUAUCGCCCUGACUUUCAACAAGUCUGUGGAAGUGCUCAAGACGAAAAGGUUUUCAGAUGGUAGCCUCAGACGCCUGGAGGAUUUCUCCUAUGAAGACAAUGAAAUGUCCGAACUGUUCUUCAACCUUCUGAAUGAAACGGAGUUUAAAGGUGUUUCUGGGCCCGUAGCGUUCAAGAGAGGCGAUAGAGUUGGCAUCAUACAAAUAGAACAGUUGCAGGGUAAUUGUGCUGAAGGUUGGGAAAAAUAUCGGUCUGCAUGUUUCAAGUUUGUGACGGAGCCCUUUCUUUCUUCUACUGAGGCACAAGCUCACUGUACCAUGCUGAGCUCAUCUGCAUCACUCGCCCAUUUCGACAAUGAGAAGGAAAAUGAGUUUCUUGUCAACAAGUCGAAUUCUAAACCAGAUUUCCCUCAAAGAUGGUUGGUGAGAGUCUUACAUAAGUUGGGUGAUGAUGUCGGAAAUGCUUCUUGGGUUCCAAACGACAGUCCACCUGGCGUCAUUGAAAACGGUGCAUGCGUGUAUGUUGAUUAUCAACUAGGCGGGAAGUGGCAGACGAUAGACUGUUCUGAACCUUUGCCUUUCAUUUGUCGUGAUCGUGCAGAAUUUUCUGAAAAGCUGAUUGCAUUUUACAGCGCACUAGAAGACAGUUUAGAAUGGCGUGGUGACAUUGAAUGGCCGGGGGAGCGUCAACCAUUGGACCGCACUCCAGUUGAUAUUGUGGAGAUUGUACGACUAUAUCAAGGCGUAACACCCGUCCUGUAUUUCUGCAUCUGCGGAGUGACUGCUUUCUUUAUCGUUGUUUCGCUCUGUUUCUUGGCAUUUAACGUCAAGUUCCGUCAACAGAGGCACGUGAAGAUGUCGAGUCCCAGUCUGAACAAUUUGAUUAUCGUUGGUGCUCUGCUAGUCUACAUGUUUGUAACAAUCGCGGGACUGGAUACCAACCUUGUUUCUGAGGAAAUUUUUGGGAUUCUCUGCAAUGUAAAGACAUGGAUACUGUCGGUGGGUUUUGUGCUAGCAUUCGGGGCAAUGUUCAGCAAGACAUGGAGGGUACAUCGUGUGGCCGCCUUCAAAACUCCAAAACGAAGGAUUGUGACAGACGGACAACUUUUUCUCAUGGUCUUGAUUCUGUUAUUCAUCGACGUCAUCAUUCUUACAUUAUGGCAAGUGCUUGAUCCAGCCACCAUGCGAACUCUGGAUCUUUAUCCACAGGAGGACCCUGAAAUUGCCAAUAGGAUCAUACAGCCAUACAUACAAUUCUGUACUUGUGAUACGCUGACGUACUGGCUUGGCGCGUUGUAUGGGUACAAGGGAUUGUUGCUGAUAUUUGGAACAUUUUUGGCUUGGGAAACUCGUAAGGUCAGCAUUCAGGGGUUGAAUGACAGUAAAUUGAUCGGUAUCAGUGUCUACAAUGUCGUCAUUCUUUGUGUCAUCGGUGUGGCCGUCAGUGUCGUCAUCAGUACCAAUCCGGAAGCUCUCUUUGCCUUUGUGUCUUGUAUCAUACUCUUCUGUACCAGCAUAACUCUGUUCAUCGUCUUUGUUCCAAAGAUAAUUGCAGUAGUGAAAUAUCCAGAUGGAGAUCCUGUCCAGUCUGGAAUAUCCACUAACAAGCAUUUCGCCAAGGAGAGAAACAACGCCAGCGAGACCACUACCAGUUUGACAGCGGAAAAUAACCAGUUGAAAAAGAAAAUCCUAGAGGUAUUAAUUACUGACAUUCCAUUAACAUCUUCCUGUUUCCUCUUCGAGUGCAAUAUUCACGCUAUCCAUUUUAAAAAAUUUUCUAGUUGCAAAUUAACUAUUUAUUUUCAUGUCGACCGUAGCCCGUAGCAGACAGCAGAAAAAUGAAAUCGCAGUUCUAUUUACCAAAUUCUAGAAUUUGGUAUUUGUGCAUGCUAAACGUUUAGAACAAAAUGCCCUUUAAAGGAACCAGGAAAUAGAAAUAUUUUUUAUAAAUAUUACUAGAAACUCAUGAAAUUGCAUCUUCUGGUUUCAAUUAACCUAAUUUUAUUAUUUUGA